UGAGGUCCUGUCAGCGUCACCUGCUUCACGCAGCGGCUUCCCAAACAGCCCGAAAUCCCGGAGCACUGCCCCGUCAACACGGAUCUGUUAAAGCCCCUUUCGCCGCUGGCAGAACAGAAGGAGGAUCCAGAACACCAAUCAUGGAUAUACGGCCCAAUCACACCAUCUACAUAAAUAAUGUAAACGAUAAAAUUAAGAAAGAAGAGUUGAAGAGGUCGCUUUAUGCGUUGUUCUCCCAGUUUGGGCAAAUCCUCGACAUUGUAGCGCUUAAGACCAUGAAGAUGAGAGGACAAGCAUUCGUGGUUUUCAAAGAGCUGACUGCUGCCACCAAUGCUCUUCGGCAGCUGCAGGGCUUCCCCUUCUACAACAAACCCAUGCGGAUCCAGUAUGCAAAGACAGAUUCAGAAAUUAUUUCAAAAACGCGUGGCACAUUUGGUGAGAAAGAGAAGAAGAAAGACAAGAAGAAAAAGACACAAGAACAGGCGCUGAAUGCAGCCAAGAAACCUGCAUCGGGAUCUGCUAACCCACAGGCGAAUGCAGCCCCAUCCCAGCAGGUUCCCGAUAAUCCACCUAACUACAUUUUGUUCCUCAAUAACCUCCCUGAAGAAACAAAUGAGAUGAUGCUCUCAAUGCUGUUCAACCAGUUCCCUGGUUUCAAAGAGGUACGACUAGUGCCAGGAAGGCAUGACAUCGCCUUUGUGGAAUUUGAGACUGAAGGGCAGGCUGGCACAGCCAGGGAUGCCCUCCAGGGCUUCCGCAUCACUUCCACCUGUGCAAUGAAGAUCACCUACGCCAAGAAGUAGCCCGAAGUCUGGCUGGAUGCUACUCCAUGGACUGUGGAAGCAGAUUUCUAUUUUAUAUCUAUUUUUUUUUUCUUUUCUAGAAAAAGUGAAUUUGUGUUUUGAAUAGAGUGGGGCUUUUUGAACAUGUUGUUCAAAACUCAAAUAAAGGACUUUUUUUAUAUA